GCCCGCCAUAUAAAACCCUAGCAGCUUACCUCUCCUUCCAGUCGGAUCGGCGGAGCAGAGGAGAGAAGCUUAACAAUGUCGAAGCGAGGGCGCGGAGGUUCCGCCGGGAACAAGUUCCGGAUGUCGCUGGGUCUGCCGGUGGCGGCGACGGUGAACUGUGCCGACAACACGGGGGCGAAGAACCUGUAUAUCAUUUCAGUGAAGGGAAUCAAGGGUCGCCUCAAUAGGUUGCCGUCUGCUUGCGUGGGAGACAUGGUAAUGGCCACAGUGAAGAAGGGGAAACCCGAUCUCCGUAAGAAGGUCAUGCCCGCCGUCAUCGUUCGCCAGCGCAAACCCUUCCGCCGAAAGGAUGGAGUCUUCAUGUACUUCGAAGACAAUGCUGGUGUCAUAGUGAAUCCUAAAGGAGAAAUGAAAGGAAGUGCCAUUACAGGGCCUAUUGGGAAGGAAUGUGCUGAUCUUUGGCCUAGGAUUGCCAGUGCUGCAAAUGCUAUCGUUUAGAUGCGAUUGUUAUCUUAUAAGUGGUUUUUUUGUUAUGAAACUCAGAAUGUUGCAGUUUUGCCUUUAGCACUGUUUGAUUUGCUUUGUUAUCAGGGUUUAUGUGAAACUCAGAAGCUGUGUUCACUUGUUUUGUGGAACCUUGCUUUUUUAGUUCAUUGUGUUUCAAAAUUAGCCCAUAUGAUAUUUACAAUGUGGUAAUGAAUUUGUGAACUUGUC